AUGGGUUACAGGAGGAUCAUCCUGAAAAGCGACAACGAAGUGUCGAUCAAAGCGCUGAAAGACAGCAUCAAAGCGGCAGCUAAAACAGAGCUUUCCCUCGAGGAGGGGAAAACGGGCGAUAAGCCGUCCACGGGAAGUGUCGAGUCCGCCGUGAAAGAGACCAAGAGGCAGUGCAGAGCCAUGAAGAGCGCGUUGGAGGAGAAGCUGGGGAAAAGCAUUCCCGAUCGUCACGCCAUUUGGACAUUUCCCAAAUUUGGAAUUGGACGAGCUGUGGGCAAGACCGUCCAGCUUUGCGACAUUGCUCCAGCAUAUGGCAAUUAUGAGCCCGAUGUGCCCGAAAUUCAGCGACAGAGCGCUGGAGCCAAGAAAGCUGUCAAGAAAGGUGUGAAGAUGGUCGAGACGCCUUGCGUGACGAACACUUAUGGCACGAUUCGCGCAGCGUUUGCGAGACCUACAAAUGACAAACUGCACAGUUUCAGCUUUGACAGGAAAACGUGCUAUUUAGAGAACGUCAGCGACAUCCUCAGUGCAGAGAUGCGGCCAGUCAUGCGGCUGAUUCUGGAGGCUACAGCGCUCUUUUACGGACUGUUGGAAGCUAGUUGGAUUCAAACGCCUCGGAGUUUCGAUCAGGAGUUCAGCGCUCGGAACUUCGUGCUGCAUUGGGCCACGGUGACGGGCAAGAACUGCGGAAUUCAUGUUGGGACAGAGAACGAUGAGCUUGCAGGUUCUCCUGACUUGUUGCAAGUGGUGGUGGAUGACUAUGGCCGGCUCACUCAGAUAGGCGUUUCAUCGGCGCCCGGGGAAAAGGCCAAAGAGACCACAGGAUUCUCCCCAGUCCUGGCCCUGCAGUCGGUCUGGGAAUUCCUGGAAGAGGCCACCAGGCCACGCCUGACCUUUGAAGGUAGCCGACAGCCUGAAAAGUUGAUCGAGUUCUUGAUCUGGGCUAACAUGGAAGUACCUCGAGAAGAACACAGGUUCUUGACGGAUCCUGACACUCCAGGAGUGGAGAAACUUGUCAUCUCCGCGUGUCGCCCGGAAGCCAACAUUUGCCCGCCACACAACAUCACCAACGCUGACAUUUGUUGCAAUGACAAACGUGGGCUGGAGCCCAUGAACCUGAUGUAUGUCAAGGGUUGGAGUCGAUCUUUGGCAGCUUUGACAGUCCUUGUGUGCAUGUGGGACUGCCCAGAGUUCAAGCAGGAAUGGAACUCCUCCCACAAGGUCAUGGCAGGCGUGCAGGUUGGCCCAAAGGAAGCCGCGGCGGCUUUCCACCUUCUGAAGUGCAUCGAUGAUGACAUCGUCCUGUCCAUAAUGCAGGACACAGUCCCUCCAAUUGACUUGGAGCGGGUGGCGCUGUUUCGCAGUGCGAUCAAGAAAUUCGAGAAACAGGUGUCGCCAGCUUUUAAGGCGGACUUGCAGGCAUUGAAGGUUUACAGCGAGAAGCAACAGCAGGACGCAAACCGGCAGGCUGGGAGCCUUCGAUGUUUUUAUCCUCAGCAAGCUUACAAUUGCAAUCAGGGUGGGCUCGACCUCCAGUACCUCACGCAGAGGUUUCAGAGAGGCCAAAAGGAUGUGGAGAAGUUCAUGGCUGAGAGCCAUAAGUAUGAGUGUGUGGGCCAGUUCAGCGAUGUUCAUGCCAACCUCUUGGACUGGCAAUCAAAAGAAUCCAGCAAUUCCAACAGCCCGUACAAUGAGUGGGGAAGGGCGAGCUUUGAUUUACAACUCGCCAAUUUGCGACAACAGGAUGGAGACCAUCUGAACUGGCAUUUCUGUGCCUACUCCACUCAGGAAGAUGGUGGCUUGGAGGCUCAGGCCAAGCUGAUGCAUGGUCAAAUCUACCGAGACUGGUGGGACAACAGCGAAGGUGCAGGGCCCAAAACACGGGCUCGGAGCAGUGAGAAGACCAGCUUGCCUACGUUGCCCGCCGCUCUGGCAGAUUCACUGGGGGAUUCAUCGAUGGACUUGAAGCGAAAGAUUGAAGAAUUCAAUCAGACGUGUUGCUUAUUUUCUGGUCAGGGCCAGAGUCCUACUGUUAGGUUGCUUGCAAGAGCCCCAGCUUUUGGCAACGCCAAACUGGAGCUUGUGGCGUGCAAGGAUUACACCUUGUAUUUGCUGAAUACUUCAGACUCUGACACGCUGCAUGUCCCUGCGGGCGAACUCUGUGGAUUUGGCGCUGGCAGUUUUGCAGAAGUCACGCCAGGAGUUGCCCGGAACAACAAGGACCACAGUAUCCCAUGGCUGCUUGAUGGGGACACCCAGCUCUUGAUUUACACAGAUGGAGACACGAAGCGGAUCCUGUGCUUGGCCCAAAUUGCCUGUGCGUGUGGAACCAUCGCCAGCAUUGGUGAAGCCAACGAAGCCAAAGCUGCUGCUCCAGGGUGCCCUUACGCUCCCACCUUUGACAGCAGCGCUGAUCAAGUGAGUCAGCAAGUCUCGCCUUAUCGGCUUUUGAGACAGCUUUGUGCUUGA